CCCCCGGCCGAGGGCGAGCGCGCUCCGCCGGCAGCCGCGUGGACAGACGCCUCCGGGCCGCCGAGCUGGUCCCGCUCCCGCUCCCGCUCCCGCUCCCGCUCCCGCAGCCCGCGUCCCCGAAGAUGAACGUGAGGCGGGUGGAAAGCAUCUCGGCUCAGCUGGAGGAGGCGAGCUCCACAGGCGGUUUCCUCUACGCUCAGAACAGCACCAAGCGCAGCAUUAAAGAGCGGCUCAUGAAGCUCUUGCCCUGCUCAGCUGCCAAAACGUCGUCUCCUGCUGUUCAAAACAGCAUGGAAGAUGAGCUGGAGAUGGCCACUGUCCGGCAUCGGCCUGAGGCUCUGGAGCUUCUGGAAGCCCAGAGCAAAUUUACCAAGAAGGAGCUCCAGAUUCUUUACAGAGGAUUUAAGAAUGAGUGUCCCAGCGGUGUGGUUAAUGAAGAAACCUUCAAAGAGAUUUACUCGCAGUUCUUUCCGCAGGGAGACUCUACAACAUACGCGCAUUUUCUGUUCAAUGCCUUUGAUACGGACCACAAUGGAGCUGUGAGUUUCGAGGAUUUCAUCAAGGGUCUUUCCAUUUUGCUCCGGGGGACAGUUCAAGAAAAACUCAACUGGGCAUUUAACUUGUAUGACAUAAACAAAGAUGGCUACAUCACUAAAGAAGAAAUGCUUGAUAUAAUGAAAGCAAUAUACGAUAUGAUGGGUAAAUGCACAUAUCCUGUCCUCAAGGAAGAUGCUCCCAGACAGCACGUCGAAACAUUUUUCCAGAAAAUGGACAAAAAUAAAGAUGGAGUUGUGACCAUAGAUGAGUUCAUUGAAAGUUGCCAAAAGGAUGAAAACAUAAUGCGCUCCAUGCAGCUCUUUGAAAAUGUGAUCUAACUCGUCAAAUGCAUCUUCAAUCAGACAAAUGUGAACUACUCUACCACACUUAAAGUUGGAGCUACCACUUUUAGCAUAGAUUGCUCAGCUUUACACUGAGGCAUAUUAUGCAAACAGGCUUUGUUUUAAUAUAAAGCAAUCCCCGAAAGAUUUGAGUUUUCCAGUUACAAAUUUGCAUCCUUUUCAUAACGCCACUGAGUUCAUGGGAUGUUCUAAGUCGUUUCAUACCCUGUGACUAUUCAAAAGUAAUAGAGCCUGGCAUAUAGUUUUAUUGAUUCUUUAGCCAUGGGAUUAUUGAGCUUUCACAUUAUCAGUGAUUUUAAAAUGUCAGUGUUUUUUGCUACUCAACUCUAUGUCUUCAGCCCCAGGAUUUUAAAUGGUUUUCUAAAAUACUGGCAUCUGCAUUUAAUUUCCAGAAAUUAAUUUUCACGUUUGUAUGCUGUGAUUCCAUUUAUACACUAAGUAAACAAAACAAGAUUACAAUAAUUGAAAAACAAACACACAGUCCCCGUUUCUAUGGAUUUGCUGCCUUCUGUUAAAGAUAUUCAUUUACCUGGCAUUUUUUUUAUAACAUGAAACAAAUUAGUUCAUCACCGGAUGUCAGCAUAUGCCUAAUAAAGCUUAUUUAAUAAGCAUUUCUUAAUUUUUCAUAACACAUAUUAUUGCCAAGGCCUACGUGACGAAUAUAAUUUUGGAUCUGUCCAAUCCUACUGGUUGACUGUCUUCUAUUUGUGUCAUUGAGCGCAAGUCCAAGAAGGUGUGGAACUAAGCAAGGAUGUUAAUAGGCAUAUGCAAAGGGUCACGCUAUCUGCCCUCUAGCACACCGUAAUAGUGAAUAACAAGUAGUUCCUAACAGCACUGAAGGCCUAUGCCGUCCCCUUUCUCUUGACUCCCCAGGGUACCUUUCUUUUCUCUUACACCCCAUUGAGGGACAAAGACACCUGGACUCCCCCAAUGCCUACAGGGAACAAGGAACAAGCAGAAUUGAGUUGGAAACCAUCAGUGAGUCCGUUCUGUCAACACCUACCACACCAAAACUUCACUGAAAAUGAAAAUAAAUGCUAAGCAAUUCAUCUGGACUGUAGUGUCAUUUUGCUUAUCAUAAAACUCCAGUAAUUCAGAUUCUUUUCAGUGAUCUUAUGCCCAAAUUGUAAAGCUGCCCCAACAUUAUUACUAGGGAUACACACAGCUUCCCUGUUUUGCAGAAACAUCAUGAAGGCCAAGAGGCUGCAGUAGGAGAAAAUCUGCAACUGUCUUUGCAACAAUAAAUCAGGUAUCUAUUCUGGUGUAGAGAUAGGAUGUUGAAAGCUGCCCUGCUAUCACCAGUGUAGAAAUUAAGAGUAGUACAAUACAUGUACACUGAAAUUUGCCAUCGCGUGUUUGUGUAAACUCAAUGUGCACAUUUUGUAUUUCGAAAAGAAAAAAAUAAAAGCAAAUAAAAUGUUUAUAACUCUA